AUGGAACCACCUUCUUCAUUACAUGAUUUCACGCACUUGCCCCUAAAUUCCAAACGACGGCUUGAAUUACAAAACCAUCAAGGAGGCAAAAAAGAACGUCAUGAAGAAAAUGAAUUGAACGAUCAUGAAUUUGACAAAAAAAACCAUGUUUGGGCAGAAAAUGAAGAUGAUGUAGAAGAACCUCCCCCACCUUAUGAGAGUUCUUGGUACAUGCCAUCACCAUCAACCGAAGUGAAACCACCAACAACUCCACAAUCAUUGGCGGAAUCACAAGAAAUUGCAACACCGGAACAACCUUCGAAUCCACAAGAACUUUUCACAAAAUCAACCGCCACUUCACCUCCACGACGACGACAAUUUCGUGUUCGCCGCGGACGCCGAUUAAUACGUCGUAAAUCAUCAUCGGUCGACUUGACUAAAAGCAUCAAUGCGUCUCCCUCUUUCACUCAACCUGAAGACGAAGAUGAUAUUUUUCUCAAGUUUAAUUGUAAGCUAACAGAUUUGAUCGCUGAAGGUCAAGCCGCGCUAACGAGCAAGGUUGACGUUACAGAAGUUGAAAUGAUGCUUGCUGAAGAACGAGAACGAGAAGAACGAAUUUUGAAAGAAUUUGGAAUUCAAACCAGACGGGCGCGAAGACUGACGGGUUCUUCGUCAAAAUCAUCUGAUUUUGAUUAUUAUAGUUCAAUAUUAGGUUCAGGCGGUCAUUCAAAUCAAUCAAGCAUCUCAUUAUGUGAUAAUGGUAAUGGAAAAAAUAGUUAUUUAUCGUCAACAGGAACUUAUGCCGAUAACGGGUUUUCGACAAAUAAGCCUGUUAUUGGACAUUCUCAAUUCGGGUCAUCUGAUGGAUUUCAUCCUUCCAGUGGAUUUACUAAUGAAUACGGAUACAUAGGUGGAUCAUCUUCAACAGGAGGAGGAUUUGGAGGUCCUUCAACUCAGAAUAGAUUUAAUAAUUCGACAUCUAGUGUAUACGGAGGAGGGCCUAGCGGUGGUUUUGGACCAUCUUUACAUAAUUUUGGACAGAACCCUUCGGGAUAUGGGUCAAAUUCAGGAUUUGGUUCGAAAGGGAUGUAUCACAGUCGAGGAUAUUAUUGA